GCGCACAGCAGUAACAUGGUGGUUGCGCAAUGGGCGCGCGCUAAGUCGAGAGCGCGCCCGGAGUCUCGCGGGAUUAGGCAGUUAGUGCCCUGGACUGGCUACCGGGGAGGACUCGAAGCCUACGGAGUUGUUGAGCAGUUGGUCGGAGUGUCCGUGAGAGCCGGAGGUUGCAGCAGUAGCAAUGUCCUCCAACACGCCCCCGGGAUUUUACCGGCAGGAGCUGAAUAAGACUCUGUGGGAGGUGCCCGAGAGAUACCAGAAUCUGAGUCCCGUGGGCUCCGGGGCUUACGGCUCGGUGUGCUCGUCAUUUGACAAAAAAACAGAACAGCGUGUUGCAGUGAAAAAGCUGUCACGGCCGUUUCAAUCCAUAAUCCAUGCUAAGCGUACUUAUAGAGAACUUCGUCUACUAAAGCAUAUGAAACAUGAAAAUGUCAUCGGACUCUUAGAUGUUUUUACCCCUUCAAAGUCAUUUGAUGAGUUUAAUGAUGUAUAUCUGGUGACACAUCUAAUGGGAGCAGAUCUUAACAAUAUUGUAAAGUGUCAGAAGCUGACAGAUGAUCACGUGCAGUUCCUAAUAUAUCAAAUUCUACGAGGACUUAAGUAUAUUCACUCAGCUGAUAUUAUUCAUAGGGACUUGAAACCCAGCAACCUUGCUGUUAAUGAAGAUUGUGAGCUGAAGAUUCUUGAUUUUGGGUUGGCGCGCCACACGGAUGAAGAGAUGACUGGGUAUGUGGCAACAAGGUGGUACCGGGCUCCAGAAAUCAUGUUAAACUGGAUGCAUUAUAACAUGACAGUGGAUAUCUGGUCCGUUGGAUGUAUAAUGGCCGAACUCUUAACGGGUCGAACCCUGUUUCCAGGCACAGACCAUAUUGAUCAGUUGAAGCUCAUUUUGAGGCUGGUUGGAACCCCUGAGCCCGAGCUACUGCAGAAAAUCUCCUCGGAGGCUGCACGAAACUAUAUCCAGUCACUGGCAUACAUGCCGAAAAUGAAUUUUGAAGAUGUCUUCUUAGGAGCCAACCCUCAAGCUGUAGACCUGUUGGAGAAGAUGCUUGUUUUAGACACAGACAAGAGGAUAACUGCAGCAGAAGCUUUAGCCCAUCCCUAUUUUGCUCAGUACCAUGACCCAGAUGAUGAACCUAUAGCUGAGCCAUAUGACCAAAGUUUUGAAAGUCGGGAGCUUGAUAUAGAAGAAUGGAAAACUUUAACAUAUGAAGAAGUACUUUGCUUUGUACCUCCACCACUGGACCCUGAUGAAAUGGAAUCUUGAAAGAAGCUGUUCCAAAGGUGUUUUGCCGCUGUGAAGACGUUGGUGGAGGGGUCUGUUUACCACCUCCAGCUGUCAAAAAAAGUGCCUAUCAGACUGUGGAUCUGAGUGACUUGCAUACAUACAUCUCUAUAUAUAUAUAUUUUUUUUUUUUCUUUACUGGGGAGAGUUAUUUAUAUGGAAUCUAACUAUUGUUGCAUGUUCCCCUAGCCCUCCAACUGCCUCUCACUUUUCACAAAAAUAUAUUUCUUCAUCCUCUACACUCGCAGUAUGACCUGUGCCACAGACAGUUUUGGAAAUAUUUGUUUAAAACAGUUGUGUUCAGUGCUCCUUAUGUCUUAAUAUUUGUGAUUUUUAAAGAGGAUAAAAGACAGACCAGAUAUAGGAUACAAAAAUCUCUGCAUUUUUGAGAAAACGGAUUGAUGUUUUUUUAAGCCCUUACCAAACACUUUUUAUUGGCUUGAACUUGGACUAGGUUAAAAAAAAAGUUUUGAACGUCUAGGAAAAUAAACUUUUUUUUCAUUAAUGCUUAAUUUGUGAAUACAAAGCCAUUUUAACAAAACUUUUCUUCUGCAACAAUAUUUAAAAUUUGAAUGGUAUACAGUUCUUUUGGGAUGAGCAUGUGCGCUUUGUAAGGUAGGGAUGGACAAAUUGUUGCAGAGUUUGGGAGCCAAUAAGUCUGAUCCAAGAAUAACCACCACCUUUGACAGGCCAGAAAAUGAGAAUAGAUGACAACACUAGGAACAACUUACAAAUGUUUUUUUAAAAUAACAUUGGUUACUUUCAAACAGGGAUGCUGUAAGAUCUGAUGGCAGUGAAGCAAAUGGGCAGCACUCUGGGGUAAUCAUGUGACACUAUUGGGCAUGUCACAUUUUAAUAGAAACCAAUGGACAGUCAUUUCGUGUUCUGCUUUCUGUGGGAUACUGUACACAUUGUUAAUUAGCAUCUAUGUAAGAAAAUGUUUUAUGUUUGUUUCCACAAAAUUGUGUCCUAAACAGAUAAUUGGAGCUAAUCUGAACUUUUGUGUCUAAAGUGUUUUAAGAGUUUCAAAAAUGAACUAUCUCGACUUCUAAAAAGUCAGUGGAAAAUCCAAUGUAAAAUGCAUUAUGCUCCAGUAUCAAAUAUGAUUUUUUUUUUUUUUUUUUAUGUAAAACUAAAAGACUAUAUCAUUGAAAGUUUAUAGAUAUAUUUAUGUUUACUAUAUAUAUUAGUACUGUUAAAUGGUAAUAUUCAUAUAAAGUUGUUUACUGUUUUUUUUUUCUUUGAAGUCUUUUUCCAUUUGAUAGAUUUUUGUUUUUAUUGGUUUUAACUUUUCCUGUCUUUACUAAUUUUCUAUAUGCUGGUUAAAUGUAACAAAGGGUAAAAUCGGCUGGAAAUGGUAGUUAGAAACGACCACGUUCCUUUAGAAAUUGUGGAAUAUUCAGUCUUUGCGUUUGCACACAAAUACAUUUUAUAAGUACAACAGUAGUUUAAAAAGUAAUUGGUGCCUGUGGGAAGCACUUUAACACCCAUAUGGUGCUUGUAAGCCUCCAUCCUUUCUUUCAUUUAUAGGACCACUGUCUUUUUGAGAGCAAAAUUAAGAAUUUCCUUACCCUAGCUCUCCUGGGCCAUUUCUCUGGGAGACAGAUAUGUAUACUGCUGGAGAUGGGCACGUUAAGCCUGUGUAACAAACAUGUCAUCAUUCUCUGCAGACUAGAAGUUUAGUUAUUCAGACAAAGAAUGAGAAAGAUGAAGAAUUGCUACUUUACAAAGGUAGCUCUCCCCUUCCCCAGUAUGCUGAAUAAUACAGACCAGAUCUGGGCCAAAUAAGCUUCUGGUUCACUGAGAAUAUAUUUCUACUCUUUUUAAGCACGAGCAUGAGUGUUUGUUCAUGUGCUGACUUUGAAAGAGCUUUAUUAGGCGAUUCCUACCUCUGAUCAUCUUCAAAUUACCUUGUGAAUUAGCCUUUAAUAGUCAUGUGGAUCAACCAUCCUUUCUGUGUAAGUUUGAACUAUGCAGUGUUCUCUAAAUGUGCCCAUGUGCAUUAAGCGUAAACCUUUCCUUGUAAAUUAAAAUGGAAAAAAAUAUAAACAGCCUUACCAUGCUUUUAUAUGUGGUUUAACCAAAUUGCAAGACAGGAGCUGCUGUUGAGAUUUGCAGGAAGACCGUGCUAGUUUUUUGCAGAACCAGACCAAUAUGACCUUCAUGUGGCUGUGUACUUGCUGUAAAACUACACCAAGUGGAAAGCACUAAGUUAUUAAAAUGUGUGCCUAGAUGAAGGCUAUGUAUCUGUAUUCCUCAAGUUUAAUUUUUUUUGAGCUGCGUAAGAAUAACUGCACUCGAGGCCUGGAGUUGUACAGUCCAAAUUUUAGAUGUUUAACACUAAAAGCAGUGCCGCUGUGUGCUUCUUGAGGUAGCCACUAACUGGCCUCUGAUAAAGGUCUUCCUUACUUUUCUGAGGAUAGGGUCUUUACUGUGAAGUUGCACACAUGUAACGGCUAGCUAGUUGCUCAGCUUUAUUGGGAACCUUGGCUCACUCUUCCUGAAAUCUCCUUCUCAAUCACUUUAAUAUAACGUGGGGGUAUGGUCCUUAAGGUUAUGGAUCUCUAAGCCUGAAUACAUUUGUGACUGUAUUUUACUGCCUUUGCUACACCAGUGUGGUUAAGAGUGCAGGAAAAACACUUGUUGGCACAAACUCAACAUGCAGUAUUUAUUUUUAUGCUUCCUCAUUAUAAUGCCAAACAUAACUUACAGUCCUGCAAGUACUACCCUCAUUGGACUUUUCCAUAUGCCCAUAUUUUAUAGUAUUGAAAUGGAUUUACCUGGGAUUUUUCACAUUGUGACUCCAGUUGCAGAUAUUUGGGGGCACAACGUGUUGCCACGACUGAACUUUUUUUUUUUUUUGCCCCUUGGCAAAACCGUUUUACCCUCUUUAGUUUGAAUGGAGAUCAGAAAAUUUCAAGUAUUGCUACAUAUUUUUAUUUUAUUUAUUAAUGACUUUCUCUUCAUCGCUCUGAUAAAACCCACUCUGUGCGGUGGAUCUCUGCAAAAUCUUAAUGCAUGUCAUCAACCUUAGUUGCUUUUCUAACCAUCUUUUAAUCCAAUAUAUAUUAUUGGAUGCUCUUCUCUAGGCAUAGUUGCAGCGGUGUUUUCUUUUUUGUAAUAAUGAAUAAAAGAUGGUCUGGUUAAUGUUGAUAUUAUUUUUUUUUAACUGAGUUUUGAUUUGUGUUUUCACAAGUUUUCCACAAAGUCAUUUUAUUACCUAAUUGGCAUUCAUGAUGCUAUUUGUUUCAAACCUCUGGAGUCUUCCAAGAGCAGCAGUAUAAAAUGUAUAUUUUGAAAUAGCGCAACUCGAUUUUAGAGGAUUAUUUAACUUCUGAAAAUGUUGGGAUACACCAGAGCUCAUUUUAAUUAGUAAAGGAAGUACUUUUUCCAUGUUAGAAUUUUUCAUUUUAUAGUUUGGAGAACUAUUACUUUUCCACUUCAUCUGUAUAGACUGUUUUAUACAGAAAAUUUAUUUUAAUUCCACGUUUAAUCAGUAACACAUUCUGGAAAAAGACAAGGAGGUAAAUACUUAUGUAUGGCACUGUACACACUUACAAUGAGAUAUUGAUUCUGAAUGCUAUGAAUAUAUUAAAAACUGUUGAUGCUCUCAUUUUAAUUAAAUAGCUGUACAGUUUUCUAUGCAUACAUUAGUUUUAAUUGUACCACUAGGCUGAUCUAGGGUAUCUUUGAAAAUAUUUUAGCCAAUGUAAAUUCAUGUAGCUGCCAUUACGAUUGUGUAUAAUUAUACAAAUGUUGGUCAAUAUUACCAAACCAUAUUUAGUGAAGGGGCAUUUUGUAUUUGUUUUAACAUCCUCUGUAUGGUACUGAUCCUUUGCCUUUUAAAAUAAUGUUUUGUCUUGCUGAACAGAUGUUUUCAGUUUCCUAAAUUACAAGUGGCAUACCUGCGAACUUGCUCUGGCAAGUCAGAACAUGUCAAAGCAAACCCACAGAUGUCAUUUGUGUACAGAUACCAUUAUUCUCACAAAUCUUGUCGUCCGGUUUUUUUUUUUUCUUCUAAAAUGGAAUUAAGAUGUUUACAUUGAACAGAACUGCUGCACUUACACAGAAGACUUAUAUGGAGCUACUCAAAUGUUCACUUGCAUUUUGCUAUUUUCUUGGUCUCCUCUGUGAUGGAUUUGCCAUAAAUAAGCACUGGUCAAAUAAAUCUUAUUUUUAAAAUCUGU